UGCUUUUCUUGAAGAGAAAUACAAGAGUUUGAAAUUGUUUUAGACAAUCCAUUCAGUCUCUCUUUCAUACACAAACUGCUUACCUACUUUCAAUCUACUACAUAACAUUAGUCUCAAAAACUAUAUAUCAUUCACAUUUUCAUUAUAACUUCCCACAAAAUUCUCCCCAUUUCAUUUCAUUGCUCUCAAAUUCUUUGUCUUACCAAAAAAAUAUCACAAAUUAUUGUCUUCCUAUAAAGGUUAAGAAUUCAACUGAGCAUCUUAGUGACGGAAUUAAAUAUUUCGAUUAAGGUUUUCGAUAAAAGUUCUUUAGACUGUCAGAGUGAUAACAAAUGUCACGGAUAGUAGCCGAGAAUACAUUGCAAGGGGAAGAAAGUGUACAAUUUUAUGAUCAAAGAGUACAACCCAUGGAAAUGUCACAGGCCAGCGCGUACAGUUCACCGACCCUUGGUCAGUUACUGAAGCGCGUGGGCGAUGUCAGAAAGGAGGUCACCGGCGACGAAACUCCGGUACAUCAAGUUCUUGAUAUGAGUGAUCCAGGCAUUCAACAAAACUCUCUUCCAUUUGUACUCUCCUUCAAUAAUCUCACAUACAGCGUAAAAGUUCCCCGGAAAAUGACUUUUCCGACGAUCUUCCGGCGACCCGUAGCCGGAACCGCCGCAGCCACCGGGGAUCCGGUAGCCGGAGAAAACUUGUUCACGAGAACAAAAGUGCUCCUCGACAACAUCUCCGGCGAGGCGCGUGAUGGAGAAAUCGUCGCCGUUCUAGGCGCGUCGGGCUCGGGAAAAUCGACACUCAUCGACGGGUUGGCUAAUCGGAUUGCAAAAGAAAGCUUGAAAGGAACAAUAACGUUAAAUGGAGAGCCAUUGGAUUCAAGAUUGUUGAAAGUAAUUUCAGCAUACGUCAUGCAAGAUGAUCUUUUAUAUCCAAUGUUAACAGUUGAAGAAACAUUAAUGUUUGCUGCUGAAUUCAGACUUCCUCGUACUCUGUCCAAAUCAAAGAAGAAAAUGAGAGUACAAGCUUUGAUUGAUCAAUUAGGGUUACGAAAUGCUGCAAAAACUAUCAUAGGCGAUGAGGGUCAUCGUGGAGUGUCUGGUGGAGAACGACGACGAGUUUCCAUAGGAAUUGAUAUUAUUCAUGACCCCAUCAUCUUAUUUCUCGACGAACCAACUUCAGGGCUUGAUUCCACUAGUGCAUACAUGGUAGUGAAAGUUCUUCAAAGAAUUGCUCAAAGUGGAAGUAUUGUAAUCAUGUCAAUUCAUCAACCAAGUUAUAGAAUUCUUGGUUUAUUGGAUCGUAUGCUUUUCUUGUCCCGUGGACAAACUGUUUAUAGUGGAUCCCCUAUGAAUCUUCCACAUUUCUUUGCUGAUUUUGGUCACCCGAUACCAGACAAUGAAAAUCGGACAGAGUUUGCCCUGGAUUUAAUUCGUGAGCUAGAAGGAUCCCCAGGAGGGACAAAAAGUUUAGUCGAAUUCAAUAAAACAUGGCAAAAUACCAAAAGGCAGAGCAAUCAAAAUUGUGAAAUAGCAACUCCAACACAUGGAUUAUCAUUGAAAGAAGCAAUAAGUGCAAGCAUUUCAAGAGGGAAAUUGGUUUCAGGAACAACAAGUGAUCAUACUUCCCCUGCAUCAAUGGUUCCUACAUACGCGAAUCCCUUUUGGAUCGAAAUGACUACGUUGUCAAAGAGAUCGUUUACUAAUUCGUGGAGGGUGCCCGAGCUAUUUGGCAUUCGUUUAGGUGCAAUCGUUGUCACGGGGUUCAUCUUAGCUACUAUGUUUUGGCAACUUGACAAUUCACCUAAAGGGGUUCAAGAAAGACUUGGUUUUUUUGCAUUUGCAAUGUCAACAACUUUCUACACUUGUGCUGAUGCAUUGCCUGUUUUUCUACAAGAAAGGUAUAUUUUUAUGAGGGAAACAGCUUAUAAUGCAUAUAGGAGAUCAUCUUAUUGUCUAUCUCAUGCUUUGGUUUCUUUACCAGCAUUGAUUUUCCUAUCAUUUGCAUUUGCUGCUAUAACAUUUUGGGCAGUUGGACUAGAUGGUGGAUUUUCUGGUUUCAUGUUUUAUUUUGGGAUAAUCUUGGCUUCAUUUUGGGCUGGAAAUUCAUUUGUCACAUUCUUAUCUGGAGUUGUACCUAGUGUUAUGCUAGGUUACACAAUUGUUGUGGCAAUUCUUGCCUAUUUCUUGCUCUUCUCUGGAUUUUUCAUGAAUCGUGAUCGAAUCCCACCUUAUUGGAUAUGGUUUCACUAUCUUUCCUUGGUGAAAUAUCCAUAUGAAGCUGUGUUACAAAAUGAAUUUGAUGAUCCAACAAAAUGUUUUGUUAAGGGAAUUCAAAUGUUUGAUAAUUCUCCACUUGGAUCAGUGCCAAUUGAAUUGAAAGAGAAGUUGUUGAGUACAAUGAGUAAUACAUUGAAUGUCAAGAUUACUGGUUCUACUUGUGUUACUACUGGUGCUGAUAUAUUGGUUCAACAAGGGAUUACUGAGUUAAGUAUGUGGGGUUGUUUGUGGAUUACUAUUGCAUGGGGAUUUUUCUUUAGGGUUUUGUUUUACUUCAGUUUGUUGCUUGGAAGUAAGAACAAGAGAAGGUAACGAUUUAAUCGGGUCAGAGGUGAAUCCAGAAUUUGAAUACAGUACGAGCACGAACAUCUACUGGAUCUUUUUUGGGGUUGCAGGUGGGGAGUGCUGACCAUCUCAGCAACCUCCUCUUGUCUAAGGGUUGUGUUUGAAUUGUAAACAAUGAAGUCCCUCUUCGGCGGGAUAUUUGUCUUUUUUUUUUUAAUUUAUAAAAAAAUGUGUUUUUCUAGAUUUUCUUUUUCACUUGAAGGUACUUUUUGAUUGUAAUAGAAUAAAUGUAACUUUUUUUUUGACA